AUGGCCCGCGUCCCCCUCUCUCAGCUGGAUCAAACAACUGCGCCAUCAUCACCGGACUCGUCUUCAGACAAGGAAAACCCACGAAACCAUAAAAACCAACGGAAUACUGUCCCUAUGUCCCAAUCUCAGUCGAAAAGACGCCGCUUGUCGGAGCGUAACGCCAACACCCAGUCGCAAAUGCCUUCAUCUCAGCGCAAUAACCAUCUUAGUCGUCACUACGACCCCGACCAAGAUCCAGAGGAAAGAAGAAGGGAAUUCAAUGACCACCGCACGGAAUAUAUGCGUGCCGACCACGAUGGAAUUCUCAAGACCCUCGAGAAACAAAACGAACUCUUCAAUGAUGUGAAGCAAACCUCCGAUGCCACCGCCGAUUCGGGGUUGAUGGUCAAGGUCGCGGAGGUUGCAUCUAAAAGGGCCGGGAGAAUGGCACUUGGCAAUACAGGAGCCGGGAUAGACGUCGAUGAAUUCGUGUCCAAAUGCAUUAACUACAUGCGCAAUGCACCUAGGACUAUGACUGCCACACAGAGCCAGGGACCGCGUCGCCACCGGCAAACCCAGAGGGCUUCCGGUGACAGCGACGAUGAUGAGGGUUCGGGCGAGCCGAUGAACUGGGAGUGGCUUGGUCGAAAUGCGUGUCUUCCCUACAACGCUCGGCCCGGUGUGUCGGGGUUUCUUCUGGGACCGUUGUCAGUGCAGAAGCGCGCGCGACAGCAAACCCAGCGCUCUGCCAGGGAGCAGUUUGAUCCAUCGCAACUACAGCAGCCAAAAGAGAUGCAACAAGAGGAUCUUGCUUCCAGUGAGAACUUUAAUCUGACAGAAAUCUGCUCAAACAUCAACAAGUUGCUGGCCGAAACCCAGGCGAAAUUCCAAUCAGAGGCCUUCGAAAAUCUUGGGCACCUGGAAAAUGUCCCGAAGAGAGAGAAAUAUACCGCAUUGCUAAAGUAUCGUAUCGCCGAUGAUGGGGGCAUACCCCUUUUUCACUUUGUGAUCAACCCCAGGUCAUUCGGACAGAGUGUAGAAAACAUGUUCUAUGUCAGCUUUUUGGUCCGAGACGGUGCAGCUGCCGUGUCAAUGGAUAGUGAAGGGCAACCAACCCUCCAUGCGUCUCAGCCGUUCGCGCCAAGUGAAGCACAAAGGCAAGGGAUUCAAAAACACCAGGCCGUGUUCAGCUUGGACUGUGAUCUCUGGGAAGAGCUAAUUCAAUCAUAUGACAUUAAAGACAGCAUAAUCCCACAUCGGGAGGAGAAGGAGGAGACCAAUGCGACCUGGGCCUGA